UUCUCUGCCCGGCUUUGAUCUCCGCUUAACAACAGUAACGUCACACGGGCUACAGGGGAGUUUUGUUGAAGUUGCAAAGUCCGGGAGCCUCCAGAGGGCUGUCGGCGCAGUAGCAGCAAGCAGCAGAGUCCGCGCGCUCCGGCGAGAGCCAGAAGAGCGCAAGGGAACGCGGACAGAGCCCGGACGCAUAGCCCUUUCCAGGCGGCCCAGGCAGAGCCCCAGCUAUGGAACACCAGCUCCUGUGCUGCGAGGUGGAGACCAUCCGCCGCGCGUACCCUGACACCAACCUCCUCAACGACCGGGUGCUGCGGGCCAUGCUGAAGGCGGAGGAGACCUGCGCGCCCUCCGUGUCCUACUUCAAGUGUGUGCAGAAGGAAAUCCUGCCGUCCAUGCGGAAGAUCGUGGCCACCUGGAUGUUAGAGGUUUGCGAGGAGCAGAAGUGCGAGGAGGAGGUCUUUCCACUGGCCAUGAACUACCUGGACCGCUUUCUGUCGUUGGAGCCCCUGAAGAAGAGCCGCCUGCAGCUGCUGGGGGCCACCUGCAUGUUCGUGGCCUCCAAGAUGAAGGAAACCAUCCCCCUGACGGCCGAGAAGUUAUGCAUCUACACUGACAACUCUAUCCGGCCCGAAGAGCUGCUGCAAAUGGAGCUGCUUCUGGUAAACAAACUCAAAUGGAAUCUGGCUGCCAUGACCCCCCACGAUUUCAUCGAACACUUCCUCUCCAAAAUGCCGGAGGCUGAGGAGAACAAACAGAUCAUCCGAAAACAUGCACAGACUUUUGUUGCCCUGUGUGCCACAGACGUGAAGUUCAUUUCCAACCCACCCUCCAUGGUGGCAGCUGGAAGCGUCGUAGCCGCGGUACAAGGCCUGCACCUGGGCAGCCCCAACAACUUCCUGACCUGCUACCGCCUGACACAUUUCCUCUCCAGAGUGAUCAAGUGUGACCCGGACUGCCUUCGUGCCUGCCAGGAGCAGAUCGAGGCUCUGCUAGAGUCCAGCCUGCGCCAGGCCCAGCAGAAUUUGGACCCCAAGGCCACAGAGGAGGAAGAGGAAGAGGAAGAGGAGACAGACCUGGCCUGCACGCCCACUGACGUGCGGGACGUGGACAUCUGAGGUGUCACUGCCACCAGGGCACGGAGCAGUGAGUGGUCGGCAGCCCCCGGCUGGGGGGAAGAGCCAGUCCCAGCUGCUCCUCUGAUCAGGUCCCUCUUCUCAGGGACAUUUUGAUACCAGAAGGGAAAGUUUCUCCUUGUUGGUUUUUGUUCCUUUGCGCAUCCUCCCUGCCAUCUCUGACUUAAGCAAAUGAGAAAAAAAAAUUACCCGAAAAUCUUUAAAAAAAAAAAAAAAAAAAAAGCAAAAGCGAGGAUAGAUUUUGCAUAACCUGAGUGAGGGGAGGUGAGUUGUGCUACAAAAUAGAGGCUUUUAUACCCCCGUAAUCAACUAGUUUUUAUAUUAAUGUGCUUGUGUCUCUGGUAAGAAUAGACAUUAACACAUGAGAAGUCUCCAGGGAGGACUAGAUUUGAUUCUUCGUGGUUUUCUUUUUUGGGUUGUUGUUGUUGUUUUUUUUUUUUUUUAAAGGCAUAAAAACAUUUUAAAAAGAAAAAAAAA